ACAUCGAAUUGACACCUGACGUUACAAUCUAGUUGAUGUUCGAUGUUGAACUUUGAGCGAAAAUAAACAGCUUACAUUCUAGGUUUAAAAAGCUGUAAAUAACUAACAUUAUAUUAAAUUAGUUAUUAGUAUGACUGGUAUAUGUUUAAAACUAUUAAUUAAAAUUAUUGUAAAGAACGAACGAUGAAUUAAAACUGAACGAUUAUUAAAACCCGACUGCAGUGUUUUCAGUUUACGUGGAUAUCAAAGCUGUGAUUUGGUAAAUAAUAAUCAUGUCUUCGCCAUCAAAGAAACGUUUCAAGAAACAAACCUGGUGUUCCAGAUUGAUGUAUAAAAGAUUGCCUAUUGCACAAUGGCUUCCCGAAUACAAUUCGGAAAAAGCUUUAGCAGAUUUUAUAGCUGGUAUUACAGUUGGGCUUACUGUUAUCCCACAGGCGCUGGCUUAUGCCACACUCGCUGGACUGCCGCCUCAGUACGGUCUGUACUCUUCGUUUAUGGGAUGUUUUGUCUACUUAAUUCUCGGUUCGUGCAAAGAUAUUACCUUAGGUCCAACAGCACUGCUAGCCCUCAUGACGUACGAACAAAUACAAGGACGAAACAUUGAUUAUGCAAUAUUAUUGUGCUUCCUAACCGGCGUUGUGCAACUCAUUAUGGGAAUAUUGCAUUUAGGCGUCCUCAUAGAUUUUAUAUCAGUACCAGUCACAGUAGGUUUUACAUCAGCGACGUCUGUCAUUAUCGCCGUGUCUCAGCUCAAGGGAUUACUGGGAAUUCAGUUCAAAUCAAAGGGUUUCAUAGAUACCUUGAAACAGGUUUUCAUCAACAUUCCGAACGCUAGACUGGCGGAUAGUACAUUGGGAAUUUCGUGCAUAAUUAUACUUCUUUUAAUGAGGAAAAUGAAAGAUAUGAAUACGUCGCCAAAUAAAAAAAGUUUAAAGAAGAUAUUAUGGCUGUUAUCAACUUCGAGGAAUGCUAUAAUCGUUCUUGUAUGUUCUGUAAUGGCUUUCACAUGGGAAUCGCAUUCAGUAUCGCCGUUCAAACUCACCGGAACUGUGAAAGAAGGGCUGCCCUCGUGGUCAAUUCCACCGUUUGGCACUGAGCACGACGGGAGAAAUGUGACGUUUAUCGAAAUGUGCUCAGAAUUGGGUUCUUCGAUAGUACUUGUUCCAAUUAUCGGUGUACUGGGAAAUGUCGCUAUUGCUAAGGCAUUCGCUAGUGGCGAAUCGGUCGAUGCCACGCAGGAACUACUAACAUUAUCUCUUUCAAAUGUCUUGGGCUCAUUUGUAAGCGCAAUGCCGAUAACUGGAUCUUUUUCACGCAGCGCGGUGAACCAUGCCAGCGGUGUCGCAACGCAAUUUGGAAGCAUUUACACAGGUAUAUUGGUUCUGUUAUCUUUGAGUCUCCUAACGCCGUACUUCUAUUAUAUACCGAAAGCAUCGCUUGCCGCCGUUGUGAUAUGCGCGGUUAUAUUUAUGAUUGAAUAUGAGGUUGUGAAACCGAUGUGGCGCUCGCGACGCGCCGACCUCGUGCCGGCGUUCGCUACAUUUGUCCUCUGCCUCGUCGUCGGAGUGGAGCUGGGUAUAGUCGCUGGAGUCCUACUGAAUGUUAUAUUACUCCUGUAUCCGAGUGCUCGGCCAACUAUGGAAGCUGAAAUUGUAACGAACAGCACAGGAUUUAGUUACCUGCUGAUAACAGUAGGAAACAGUCUAUACUUUCCUGGCGUAGAGUAUAUUCGACAAUACGUCAGUCGAGCCGCGAAAAAACAGGGCGGCUGUAGCAUGCCCGUCGUAAUUGACUGCAGAUAUGUUUUAGGUGCCGAUUUUACCGCAGCCAAAGGUAUAUGUGCACUAUCAAGCUCACUGUCGUCACGUGGCCAACCUCUGGUUCUGUUGUCUCCGAGGUCGAGCGUUGCAUCGGUGUUCAGCGGAGCCGGGUCGAACGUCGUCGUUGUGAUGACCGCUGCUGAAUUGGACGCUACAUUACAGAAUCUCACGGGCCAAGUACCUUUAUCUGAACUGAACGGUGCUGACAAGAAGCGAAUAACGCCACCGCCUUCCUACAAAUCAUUAACUCAAAUGGACGAAGAGUCAAUUGAAGUUAUAGUAACCGAAGAUAAGAAAACACCUCUACUCACCAAUUCAAUAUCAUGCAAGUCUUUACCGAGAGAAAUUUACGAUACAUGACGUUAUUUUAAAAAUAAAUAAUAAUAAUUAGAAAGUCAAAAUAAGGCUAAUACCAGUAACUUUAUAUUUCUAGCGAGUAAAAAUCGAUGAUGACGUGUAUUGACUUCGCUUUUAUGAUUUAAUAAAUGUCUAUAUUUGGACGGAAUAGUACUUAUAUGACGUAAAUGGAAAACAUAUUCGAAACGUUUUCAAUAUGGCUCAUUUACGCCAUAUUCAACGUC